GUAGCGCUCUCGCGAUAUCGUCGGUGUGGUUGACAGGCAGUCGAGGUUGCAGCAGGCUGAGGGAGACGGUGGAAGGUAAGCAGGAGGCAGCAUCAUGGCGGACAGAGACAGUGGCAGUGACCACGGAGGGCUGGCCACAGGCCCCGGCUCCCUGCCUCCGGGCGCGAUGGGCGCCGCGGCAAGACUGCAACACGACACCGAGGAGCUCGCGUCAAAGCGAGUCGACAUCCAGAAUAAGCGCUUCUACCUAGACGUGAAGCAGAAUGCAAAAGGCCGCUUCCUAAAGAUAGCCGAGGUCGGAGCUGGGGGAAACAAGAGCCGCCUCACUCUCUCUAUGUCAGUGGCAGUGGAGUUCCGUGACUAUCUCGGGGACUUCAUCGAACAUUACGCCCAACUGGGCCCGAGCAACCCGGAUAUAGUGCAGGAUGAGCCCCGGCGUGCCCUCAAGAGCGAAUUUCUAGUGCGAGAGAAUCGCAAAUAUUACAUGGAUCUGAAAGAGAACCAGAGGGGGCGGUUCCUAAGGAUCCGUCAGACCGUUAAUCGGGGGCCCGGAUUGGGAAGUGCACAAGGCCAGACCAUCGCGCUUCCAGCGCAGGGACUUAUCGAGUUCCGUGACGCUUUGGCCAAACUCAUCGAUGAUUACGGUGUGGACGAGGAACCAGCAGAACUACCAGAGGGCACUUCCUUGACUGUUGACAACAAACGCUUUUUCUUCGACGUGGGUUCUAACAAGUACGGAGUGUUCAUGCGGGUCAGCGAGGUGAAGCCUACCUACCGGAACUCCAUCACUGUUCCGUGCAAAGUGUGGUCCAAAUUCGGCAACACGUUCUGUAAAUAUGCGGAGGAGAUGAGAAAGAUCCAGGAGCGGAGUAGAGAGAAACGGGCCUCCGAACUCCUACCGGAGGGCCAACAUGGUGACGACGGGGACGAUGAUUGACGGAUUACCGGCUUGAGCAGAAAUAAAUAACAACAAACAACAUACUUUAUAAUCAGACUUUUACUGUAAAAUAUAAAGAGAGAAUUCCAAGGGAAGCACCCCACACACAACCUUCACAGUCAGACUGGCAGUAGCCUACUGUCUCGUCGUUCAUUGCUGGAUGUCACCCACUUACCAACCAUUUUAACAGUAAGCCGCUGCUAUCAAUAACUUGUUUGAACUGUAAAAUAUGAACUGUUUCCUACUUGAUUUAAAUGACAAUGAACAGAGUGUUUAUUGCUCUAACAAACAACCCGAUUUUGCACACGUCCAAGCUAUUUCGGAAAGGUUUCCAAAGUGCAAAACGAAAAAAAAAACGUACAUUGGAAAUUACGAAGAUCUCCAUGUAAACCAACAUUUGACAUCAGCACACAUAUAUAUAUAUAUAUAUA